CAUCUUAAAAGUGGGUUGUCAGCAGCCAGUGAACAAGUACCCGUUUUGCUUUGCAAUCAGGAGUUUUCAAGGGAGCUUUGAAAGCAGAGCUGAAAUAUUUGAAAUGUGGAACACUCUCGACCAUGAAAUAUGUUCUACUUACAUGCCUCAGCCUUUAAUAGUUCUUUGCAUUAGAGUCAGGGAUUGCAUUCUUCCUGGGGCCAAGCACGGGGCCAGCUGUGUAAGAACUAGCCAGACUUCUCCUCGGGGAGGCUGUCGGGGUUUAGAAGGUCUGUUGUGGCCAGUGUCAGAAGCCUGCCCGGCUCCAUCACCAGCCCUUAACUUCCUCCUCGACCCACUGGAGACCACGUAGACACCUGAGUGGAGGCGACAGCUGCGUUCAGCAAACCAUGCAUCAUGCCAGAAGGAGCCAACGGCAGACUUUAAACUCUGUGCAGCAUGUGGACGAAGCUCAGAAAUGAGCUGUCCGGACAAGCCAGGGCAACUCAUAAACUGGUUCCUCUCCUCCCUGUGCGUCCCGAGGGUGCGGAAACUCUGGAGCAGCCGGCGCCCCAGGACCAGGAGGAACCUCCUGCUGGGUACGGCCUGCGCCAUCUACCUGGGCUUCCUGGUGAGCCAGGUGGGGCGCGCCUCUGCCCCGAACGGAGGGCGCGCGCGCAAGGGGCCGCACUGGAGCCGAGCCACCGCCGAGGCCCCCUUCCCUGAGAUACCCCUGGACGGCACGCUGGCCCCUCCCGAGUCCCAGGGCAAUGGGACCACGCUGCAGCCCAACGUGGUGUACAUCACCUUGCGCUCCAAGCGCAGCAAGCCCGCCAGCAUCCGUGGCACCGUGAAACCCAAGCGCAGGAAGAAGUAUGCGGUGGCUUCUCAGGCCCCGGGACCCGGGACUUUGGUCGGACCGUCCCUUCGGCCUCAGGAAGCUGCAAGGGCAGCUGAUGCUGAAGUGCCCGGGCACGUCCGGGGAGGAAACCUGGCCAAGGCUGGGGAGCGACCCUGGGGGUGGAUGCAGGGUGUGGGAGCGCAAGGUGGGGACGCAGAUGUGCAGCUGCCCCGGGCCGAGGGAAGCAACAUCAGGAUCUACAGCGAGAGCGCCCCGUCGUGGCUGAGCGGAGAAGACAUCGGCCGGAUGCGCCUGCUGGCCGACGGCACGGUGGCGGGUCUCCAGCCGGCCUGGCCCAGGAGCAGAGCGCGCCUGCUGGUGUUGCAGGGGACCGGCCGGCCCGCGGGGCCCGCCUGCGGCCCCAGCCCCUGCGGGCUGCUCAAGCAGCCUCUGGACAUGAGCGAGGUGUUUGCCUUCCACCUGGACAGGAUCCUGGGACUCAACCGGACCCUGCCUUCUGUGAGCAGGAAAUCCGAGUUCAUCCAAGAUGGCCGCCCAUGUCCUUUCAUUCUCUGGGACUCAUCCUUAUCUCCAACGAGUAAUGAGACCCACUCUUCUGUUAAGCUCACCUGGGGAACUUAUCAGCAGUUGCUGAAACAGAAGUGCUGGCAGAAUGGCCGCGUACCCAAACCUGAAUGGGGCUGUACUGAAAUACAUCACCACGAAUGGUCCAAGAUGGCUCUCUUUGAUUUCUUGUUACAGAUUUAUAAUCGCUUGGAUAUAAACUGCUGUGGGUUCCGACCUCGGAAGGAAGAUGCCUGUGUACAGAGUGGACGGAGGGCGAAGUGCGACAACCAGGAUGCCGUGGCUCUAGCCCACAUUGUCCAGCGAAAGCAGGACCCAAGGCACUUGGUCUUUAUAGACAACAAGGGUUUCUUUGACAGAAGCGAAGAUAACUUGAACUUCAAACUGUUAGAAGGCAUCAAAGAGGUCGCAUUCAAGCCCUAUUCUCAGCACCUUCCCUUGCUGGCGGACCCUUGGAGCUGGUCUUCAGACGAUCUUCUCUUCAGUGUCCCCUCUGUAGCCCUGAGUGCCUCCCCUGGUCCUGCACAUUCAGUGUACGCUUGGACCCUCAUGCGUCUCCACGUCUGCCUGCUGGAUUUGGGCUUUUUAAGAUCGCUUUACGUCUCAAUAAUCAGCACAUUAAUGAAAAAUUGGCCUAACAGAAGUCUGGAGAUCCAGACUCUACUUUCAAAUAACUCUUUGUCAAGUUGCCUUAUAGCUUGUCUUAUCCAUGUGGCAUAUUGCAUUUUAAAAUGCUUUUUAUGGAAUAUACCAUCUUAUCCAAAUUUGUGAAAUUGAUGCUGGGAAUUCCAUGGUCCUCAGAAGCGGCUUUAAUUUUGCAUCUCAAGCUACACCGUUUUGGGGUAGCUUUGUCCUCCCACUAGUGGGUCUGAUUGUAAGGUCCAGGAACACAUGUUUAUUUUAGUCACCUUUGCUUUUCAACAAUGUAUUUUGUUUUGGAAUCAGUGAAUAAUUCAUGCUGUAUUAUUUUUGAAUAAUGGAUGACUGAGGGCCAGGCUUUUCAUUCUAAUAAGUAAUACUCUGCUCUUACUGGAACUAAGGGAACACUCUGUGCCUUUCAGGUAUACUCACUAUGCUGUGGUUUGGUUCACGUCGCACGUUAUGGCGUUUAUUUGUAACCUGACAAAUUUGAAACAGAGCAGUUUACCUGGGCAGACAUACAAAAGCUUAUUCUUCUGUGAUUAUUUUUUUAGCUGAUAUUAUGAAAAUAAAUAUCUAAAAAAUGUAUAAUAAAAAUAUUAGAAAUGAAAGAUGUGUGCUUUUUAUUCUGUAGGUGGUUUUUUUGUUGUUGUUUUGGUUUUGUUUUUGUGUUUUUGUAGAUGGGCUGCUUUUCAGAAGUGAAGUCUAGGAGAAUGUUUGCUGCCUUCAUUCAUGAUAAAAGAAACAACUGAACAGUCAAACAUUAUACUGGAUUGUGUUUGUGUAUGCAUGUAUUUGAUAUCAUUAACAGUGAUUUCAUGACUUCUGUUGGUGUACGUUUAGCAUCGUUUUAGGUGGUAUGAAAAUUAGGUAACAGGUAUCAUAAACUAGAAGAAAACACUAAUUUAGGGUUUUCUUUGCUUUGGGUGAGUCUUACCAUUAUGUUUAAAGUUUUCUUUAUAGUAUUCAUAUUUAUUAAGCUUAUUAGGCACCUGGGGAGCUUAUUGAAAUAUAAAGUGUUUUAGACUUAUGCUCAAAAUAUUUAUAAUCCCUGAACUUGUGUAAUAGCCUGUUUAUACCAUUGUACUUUUAAAUAUACAUUAAAUUACAGCUAAUGACUAAAAUAACCUAGUUGUAGAUUCAUCUACAGACUGUCUUAUGAAAUUCUAAUGUUUAUCUUAGCACAGAACAACUAAUGCCCAUUUAGGGCACUAGUCUGAAAAUAUGAUAUGGGAAUUGUACAUGGGUCAAAUAAAGAUGAUGAAGACCUUUCUCUAAAAACUAAAUAGUGUCAUCAAGAAUUAAGAACUUUCAUGAAUGAAAGAUGAUUUGACUUGUCAGAGAAGUUUCCGGACACUUGGAAAUAGCCAGAAGUGUUCUUUCAGUGCAAGGCUGGGCUUGAUUUUUUAUUGAAUGGACUAUUUAACAGUGCUCUAAAGCAGAGGUUAACUUGUCAAUUUUUAUCCCAGGGAGAUGCAAAUCAUUUCUGUCUGGUGGAAGAGACAACCCUAAUGGUUUUACAGUUUAUUACCUUGUUGGACAUUAACCAGUUUUUAUAUCUAGUCCAACCAUCUUAUCCUAACAUAGCCUGUAAAUAUUUAGCUUUGAAAUACUCUUUGAAAUGAUCUUACCAUCUUACUGGUUCCCUUGUUAGUUAAUUAUUUGAAUAAAAUCUUUGACAUAUGUUCAUUUUACAUUUGCACAGGAGUUGCAGUUCUACCUUUUUGAAAAUUUUGCUUUAAUAAAUUUUUGACUGCAGA